GUGAACACGACAUCUAGAAAUAAUAAUUCUUCGCUGCAGAAUUCAACAGCUGCUAACUCGAUGACUACGUGUAAUGCCACAAUUUCCAACUGCACGACGCAGAAUUCUACUUUGCAGGGCAACGGAACUGUGGUCUAUGUCCAAGUUAAUUUGACAAAUGUAUGCGAGUCAAAUAGAACUCAGCGUCUCUUACCAUGCAACGGGACAGCGUUAAAUCUCACAAAACACUGUGAGAUUGCUAAAGCUGGUAAUUUAUCGCUUGUUUGCAGAAAUGGAAGUGUCAUAAAUAGUUCCUUUAUCGCUGAUCUGGUUUCUAAUGCAACAAAAUCUUCCAUCACAUCAAACAACACAAUUAAUUCUGGAAAUCGCACUAUCGAAAAUAUAACAUCCUCGAUUAACGCCACUACAGCGACGCCAUCGAUUCAAACUCCAAAUGGGACUUUAACAAAUGGAUCGCUAGUUAAUGGCACCUCUUCGCAAAACGCCACAGAAGGGAAUGUCACCACAACUUCAAGCUCGAUCUCCGUUAACGCUUCCGCUAAUGCUACCGUUGCUGCACCAACUACAACAAAUUUGGAGGGUGCAAUCUCAAACGCAACGGAAUCUCCGACAACUAAGGCACAAGAAGGCAACGAAAUAUCGAGUACAGCAACUCAGCAAUCGACAACUACGGUAACUAAAGCGGAAGAGACAACUACCGAAAAAUCAACUACUCCAAGUACCACAGCGAAGGAGACAACUACCGAAAAAUCAACUACUCCAAGCACUACAGCGAAAGAGACAACUACCGAAAAAUCGACUACUCCAAGUACUACAGCCGAGGAGACAACGACCGAGAGAUCGACAGCAUCUAUCACCACUCAGGAAGCCUCGUCUCCUCCAAGCGCUAAGGAAACUACCACAAAAGAAAGCACAACUCAGACCACCACAACCAAGGAAACAGUGAAAACAGUCCAGACUACUACGACAACACAAGAAUCCUUGCAAAGAACAACUUCUUCGAAAGAUGAUCAACAGCAUUCGUUGCCAUCUCCUUUGGAUGAUGAAAAGAGUGUGCAAUUUUUCUAUGUUAAUGUGCUCACCCCAAUUGGUGCAGGAGCCUGUGCAGCACUGCUCAUUGCAUUCCUGGUUGUGCUGUGCAGAUGUUGCCGUCGACGAAAGCUAAAGAAAGUGCGCUACUUUGGAAAGGCUCCAGGACAUGUUAACAUGGAUGAGUUGAAUUUGCUUUCACAUUCCAGUGAUGAAGAGUGAUUAAGUUCCUCUUGGCUGCUUCUCCAUAAUUUACCUAUUUUCAGAAAAUCCACCUUCACUAAAAUCUAGAGCAGAUCAAAGUCCAGCUUGACUGUACAGUUUUAUAAUGGCUACACUGGAUGUAAAUUUUUUUCCACUACAAUUCUUUUGGAAAGAAGUUUUAGUGAUGCAGAGUUUUUGACAAACUGGAAGCUUUCUCAAUCCAUCAAAGUUUACCCAGGGUUGUCAAGGUUAUGCAUUAAAUUAUAUGCAUUGAAAUCUCAGGAGGUUAAUAAAGUGGAAGUCAGUGAUUCUUGCCAGCCUUUAUCGACAGGAACAGUUUGGUUAAGACUAAAGAAUCUUUUAAGCUAACUUAUUGCUUGUUAGCAGAAGCACAAUAGCAUAUACCAAGAAUUCUGGCUAAUAUUCCAUGAUGUGUUUGGUACAAGAGAACACUUGUAAUUGAGCUAGUACGUUUUUAUACUGCAGUGAGUGAACAAUAAUUGUCAAUCAACCACCACCUAUAAAAAUAGAUUUUGUAAGUAAAAUGGCUUUGAAAUAAUUGAACCGUUUAAGCUCUCUUUUGCAACAUUUAUUUGAUUUAACAGCAAUUUAAAUCAAAAUAAUGAUGAU